AUUUCCCUUCAGAAUAAAACCCAGUCACUCCAACUUGCAGGCAAAGCUAGAAAAACUGCGCUGCAUUUGCAAACAAAAGCUCUUGUUGGCGAUGACGAUACUGUUUUGGGUGUGAAACUGUCAAUUGCUAACUACGAUCUGUGAAGUGCUGUAAUUAACUCCGCUAGGGGCUCCUCCCAACUAGUCUACGUUUCUUGUUGUUUGUUUUUUGUUUUUUGUUUUUUUUGAAAAUGUAGAAAGAUAACUUGCAAAUCUAAAUUGGGAAGGGGUAAGAGGAAUAUUUCCUUCUCUGAGAAAAAGCUGCAGUGCAGGUUUCAGUUUAAGAAGGGAGCAGUUAUCACAUAGUCUCAUUUUGGAUUUAAGGAUAUAGGAGGUCUUACUGUGCAUGAUGGACAGUAAUGAUGAUAUCGUUCGGUCUUUAGAGGUUGCCCUUUUCAUCCUCUUAGUGCUCUGCAAACAGCUAAGUCUCUGUGUGAACUGCGUGAUAUCGCUGAUCAUAAUAUAAAACCGUCAGUACAAGAAAGUAGCUGUUAACCAUAUCUGCUUAAGAGAUUGACGUGAGUGAAUUCAGAUAUAACUCAAGCUUGUUAGAGGGCUUUUUAAAAAUAAAAAGUUGAUUCCGUGCAAGAGAGCAAGUUACUGCUGCUUACCGUUCAGAGACUUACAGGUGCUUGCCUGCAUUGCAAUAAAGGACUCAUUUAUUGAGCAAGACUUAUAUUUAUCUCUUCAUUUUGGAGAGCCUAAUAAACUGUUAUUACAGUUUCUCUACUGACUUUCAAAAGUUUUGAAGUUUGAAAGACCUUUGCAAUUAAAACAGCAUGAGCACGGCCAGAACAGAGAACCCUGUUAUAAUGGGUCUGUCCAGUCAAAAUGGUCAGCUGAGAGGCCCUGUGAAACCCACUGGUGGCCCUGGAGGAGGGGGCACACAGACACAGCAACAGAUGAACCAGCUGAAAAACACCAACACAAUCAAUAAUGGCACUCAGCAGCAAGCACAGAGUAUGACCACCACUAUUAAACCUGGUGAUGACUGGAAAAAGACUUUAAAACUCCCUCCAAAGGAUCUAAGAAUCAAAACUUCGGAUGUGACCUCCACAAAAGGAAAUGAGUUUGAAGAUUACUGUUUGAAACGGGAGUUACUGAUGGGAAUUUUUGAAAUGGGCUGGGAAAAGCCAUCUCCUAUUCAGGAGGAGAGCAUUCCCAUUGCUUUAUCUGGUAGGGAUAUCUUAGCUAGAGCAAAAAAUGGAACAGGCAAGAGCGGUGCCUACCUCAUUCCCUUACUUGAACGGCUAGACCUGAAGAAGGACAAUAUACAAGCAAUGGUGAUUGUUCCCACUAGAGAACUUGCUCUACAGGUCAGUCAAAUUUGCAUCCAGGUCAGCAAACACAUGGGAGGGGCCAAAGUGAUGGCAACCACAGGAGGAACCAAUUUACGAGAUGACAUAAUGAGGCUUGAUGAUACAGUGCACGUGGUGAUUGCUACCCCUGGGAGAAUCCUGGAUCUUAUUAAGAAAGGAGUAGCAAAGGUUGAUCAUGUCCAGAUGAUAGUAUUGGAUGAGGCAGAUAAGUUGCUGUCACAGGAUUUUGUGCAGAUAAUGGAGGAUAUUAUUCUCACGCUACCUAAAAACAGGCAGAUUUUACUAUAUUCCGCUACUUUCCCUCUUAGUGUACAGAAGUUCAUGAAUUCCCAUUUGCAGAAACCCUAUGAGAUUAACCUGAUGGAGGAACUAACUCUGAAGGGAGUAACCCAGUACUACGCAUAUGUAACUGAGCGCCAAAAAGUACACUGCCUCAACACACUUUUCUCCAGGCUUCAGAUAAACCAGUCGAUCAUUUUCUGUAACUCCUCUCAGCGAGUUGAAUUGCUAGCCAAGAAGAUUUCUCAACUGGGUUAUUCUUGCUUCUAUAUUCAUGCUAAAAUGAGGCAGGAACAUCGAAAUCGUGUAUUUCAUGAUUUCCGAAAUGGCUUAUGCCGCAAUCUUGUUUGCACUGAUCUGUUUACCCGAGGUAUUGAUAUACAAGCUGUGAAUGUGGUAAUAAACUUUGAUUUCCCAAAGCUGGCAGAGACCUAUCUCCAUCGUAUUGGAAGAUCAGGUCGCUUUGGUCAUCUUGGCUUAGCCAUCAACUUGAUCACAUAUGAUGAUCGCUUCAACCUGAAAAGUAUUGAGGAGCAGCUGGGAACAGAAAUUAAACCUAUUCCGAGCAACAUUGAUAAGAGCCUGUAUGUGGCAGAAUACCACAGCGAGCCUGUAGAAGAUGAGAAACCUUAACAAGCAUGCUUUGACAAAUUACAAAAGGCUCGUUUGGAUCUGUGACACAUCGUUUUGGGGGGAAUGCUCUUCUCUUUGUGGGUUUUUCAUCUUUUAUUUUGGAACUAUGAAGACUUAAAAGAGCUCAGACAUUUUCUUUUUUUAACUGGUGAAGAGAAAAAGGCUGAAAAGAAGGAAUAUACCUUUUUUGUUCCACUUGUUUGCACUGUGUGCUGACUGAACAUUAGUUGCACUAACUGCUGGUUUUUUAAAAAUGUUUUCUGGGGAAAGGGGACAAGGAAGGAAAAGAAAGAAGAGAAGGGGAGAAACCCUAAAAAGAGAAGAAUCUUAAUGAACACACAAGCUUGUCAAUGAUUUCAAAAUUCUCCAACAGCUGACUCUCGUGCAUUUCAACUUCUCCCUGAUUCCUCAUCCGUUUUUUAAGCCUGAAGAGCUUAUUACUUAUUUGUGCGAAGUGCCUUAUGCUAUGAGACCAUUCAGAAUAUCAUCUUUUAGACACAGCCCGAGGAAUCAACAAUAGUAACUCUUUCCUUUUUUCUUUUUCUUUUAAAAAAUGUCUUUUCAUUUUGGUUUCAGGUUGAAGUCUCUUCCCUUUCUACCCAGUACUCGAGCCCAGGGCUAGAAGUUGAAACUUACUAGUAAUGUUAAACACCAUUUUUUUUUCUUUUUGUGGAGGAGUUGAUAUGCAACUGCAGUUCAUCCGCACUGUAAAUACAUGUAUUUAAAAAAACAAUCCCAAGUAAAAAUUUCUUCUGGGCUGAGUAGAUAAAAAACAUCAUCGCUCCCAAAGGAAAGAGCAGUCUAUCAUUGCAGGAGCCAUAUGACAAGCCUUUGUGCUCUGUAGCAGACACUAAAGACUGGGUUACAUACGCCUCCAGUAGUAGUAUGGCACUUGAUGUGUAGACAUGUCAGAGCCUUGGCCCUCUUUCCUCUGUGGCAAAGCGUGUCCCAUAGAAAAUUGGGUGUGUAUACUUGUAUAAACUUUGUAAAUAAGUUUUUUUUCUGGGUUCAUAUAUAUAUAUAUAUAUAUAUAUACAUAUAUAUAUAUUUUUUUUUGGAUGAAGGUUGCUGGGAUUAAGGGGAUUAGAGUGAUUAUGGGAGCAGCUAAAGAUGAGAGGGGCUCAGUUUUACGCAACACUAAAUUCUAGAAAGUACUUUGGCCUCGUGCUGUAGAGAGAUUUCUAUGGUACCCUGUGUUAGUAAAGGGGCCCAGAAAUCUGGGAUGUACUGUUUGCUGCCACACUGUCUCACCUAGUACCUUUGGAGUAGGUUUACCAGAGAGAGCAAGGAAGCUUCAAAACAUUGAUAAUUCAAGAUUUAUUUUGAGAAGCUCUGAUUUUGCUUCUUCCCCCUUUCUAAAAGUUUGAGGAAUAUUUCAAGCUCUGCAACAGGGGGCAAAGAUUAAUCUACCUUGCAGUGUAGGAAUUCUAUUGAGUGGCAGUGUCAUUGAGCAGUAUAUAUAUAAAGCACAGAUUUGCAUUUCAGAAUAUUAGCCAGUACCAGCUUUGGUAACGUUAGCAGUUCUGGAGCUUAAUUUUCUGUGGAUCAUUUCCUGUAGUGUGUAAAUGUGUUGCCCUCUGCCCGCUUUGAUACAUAAACUUGCAGGAAUGGGCAACCUGAGAGCUGUUAACUUUCAUGCUACAGAAAGCUGCUUGCCAUUCUCUUGCAUUGUGACAAGAAUUGUUACCUGUCAUUUUGCACUGUAAAUUGCUGGCAGAUGCUUUACAGUCAAUAGUGUUGCUUUAAAUUGUGCCCCUCCCAACAUGCUUGAUGUUUGGCCUGAUCUCCAGGCAAAAGGAGUGAGAUGAAUCAAAACCAGUGAACUUUUUUUUUUAAAUGUUUUUAAUUCCCUUUUAACCCAGUGUACUAGGUCAAUCAGGAGGCAUCUGGAAAGGGGGGAAAAAAGCAAAAAACAAAAUCAAAAAAAAUUGAUUUCCAUAUUUUGUUUUUCAAAACCCUAAAAUAUUACAAAAUAAGUCCUGCAUAUACUUUAAUGUUUUAACUCUUUUGGACAAAGGAAUCAAUUACUUGAAGUUGCUUUUUUGACUCUGCCUACUUCUGAGCAAACUAUUUGCCACUCACCCACAAUUCCUUGGAGAUCAAAAUCCUACAGAUGCCUCCUGAUGGGACAUAGCCCUAACUCCUUAACAGCUGUAGCAAGAACUGCACGGUACAAACCCAAAAAAGAACAAGCUCAUCUAUUUGGAACCCAAGCCUCAUAUUUUCUGUCCAGUCAAUGUUGGUUACUAAAUAGAAAACCUAAUUAAGGAAGUAACUUUUUUCCAGGGAGGGGUGGGAGAGGGAAUUUAAAAGGUGUCAACUUUUGACCAAAACAAUUUUGCCCUUGUACCGAUGCAGCUCUCUUUCUCCCCCACCUCUUGCGAGAUAAGAGGGAUCAUUCAUGUAGAAGAAAAGAGUAUAAAUGCAAUUCUGUAUCUCGCUAGAGAACAUGUGGGUGACUAAACAAAAAGUGCAGUCUCCUUCGCCAACUUCAGACUGCGUGGUGCCACAUGCCUGUGGGUCCCUCUUAAAGCACAGACUUAAAAUGGAAAGUAUUACUGAAGUAUAGCCUCUAAUGAGGAGUGGCACUUAAACUAUCUGGGACACCACUACUGGACACGGUCUUGUAGAGGCAGCUGUCCAGUUUUGGUGCUUGACUCUUGAAUAGGAAUUGUUAAAUGGAAAGAUGCUCUGAGGACUAGGUCAAAGCCUGGUCUUUUUUUUUUUUUUUUUUCUCUCUUUCUUUUUUGGGCCCUCAUAAUAAGCAUUGUUACUAUUGGAAGUUGUUUUCACAUUCUUUCCAAUAUUAAAUAUGUAUUUUUUUUUAAGUAAUGAUAAUAUUUUCCAGUGGCUCAUUUGGAUGAGAACUACCCCCUAUUUUUAAUAUUAAAACUACAUCCAACUCAUCAUUCAGCCUUUGGUUGUACAGUUGUGUAAUGGGCUAUGGACUGUUACACACCUUACCACCUCUAGGCCUAUGUUUUUUCUUUCCCCAUAUAUUCUGAUGGGGAUAAAUACUGUUUUGCCUUUCCCAUAGGAAUGGAAUACAUUUACUCUAAAAUGAUCUUUCACAGAAGUAAGAGAGAGGGAAACCUAAAUAUACCUCUAAAUUGUUUGAAGUUGGUCCCAGCAGCAUAAAAUGGGUUGGCCCCAAAGGGUUGGAGGGUGGGCUUGGUUAUCAGUAUUUGUUUUCAGAAUGAGAUGGGAGCAUCUUUCCUUUGCCACGUGCUUUGUGCUUGAUAACAUCAUGCUUGGUUCAAAUGACAACUCAGCACAAAGCCUUGAGUAUAAAUUGUUGGAAUCAAAACAUCUCAUUCUGAUGACGUGGUUUAAUUUUUUAAUUUUUUUUUUUAAUAGGGGUGGGAGGGAGGGUACUUUGCCCCAAAAGGGAGGGUGUCUGCACUAAGGAUUUAGAAACACUUUGGAAGCUCAUAACCUCAUCAGAAACUGCCUUUAGCCACACUCCUGACCUUCUAGAUGAGUAACAAAAAAAUGAAAUAAGUUCUUGGAAAUUAAGCCAUUUAUUUUAAUUUGCUAUUUUUUUCAGUGUUCUAGGUAUCUUUAAAUUUGUUAUUGUGGAAUCAUUUUCCUGCCAAAUACCUUUAUCAAAAUUAUUGGCCUCAUGAGAGCUGAAGUAAGUCAGCUUUUUGGUGAACUUUAGUGGACUUCCGUGAGAUUGUAGUUGUACUUUGUAUCUCUAGUUUUUUAAAACUCCCAAAGAAAAUCUACUCUCCUUUCUGAUCUAAAAACUCAUCUUUGGGGUAAAGAGUUAAGUGUCCAAAGGUUGUCACAGUUCAUGAGGUCAGAGGGAGCUAGCCUGGCACCUAGACUCUGCUCCUCCACAGCUGACAGAUUCCAACAGAAGUGUAUUUAAAUUCUCCAGUAGACAAUGCUGGGCAAGGGAGGGGGUAGGGCUGGGUUAUUAAGAUACAGGCUGCUGUAUUUUAACCAUUGGUUGUGGGGUAAGGGGAGCCUGGAGAAAACAAAGUCACUGUUCCCUUUUUUGAAACAGGAAAAAAAAUUAUUUUUUGUUCAGUAAAAAUGGUAGAGAAUUCCAAUGUCCCUAGCCACAAGGGACCAGUUCCACUGAGAAGUGAACAGUGGGAACUCAAAAUUUCAGAAACAUCGAGGGAAGGGAAAAUUGGCUUUCUCUUAAUUGGCAGAUGUUCCAGUGGGGGGGGGGGGCUCUGUUUUUGUUGGGAUGUGUUAUGUUGUAUGUACACAUAUAUGGACCAGAGUCUGCUGAGUUUAUAAGGUUCAAAAAAUAUGGUAAAAUCUUGGUUUUUGUUAAUUUAUCUCAAUAAAAGCCCACUGGAACUCCAAA